ACCAAUCAGCGAGCUCCAGGUUUAAAGAUGGCGUCUCCCGUCAGCUGCAGGACUGUAUCAGUAUUGUUUUUUCUCAUAUUAUUCAUAUCGGUUCAUUGUGCAGACACUAAACCAAAGAAGAAGAAAGACAUAAGGGAUUAUAAUGAUGCGGAUAUGGCCAGACUGCUGGAGGAGUGGGAGAAAGAUGAUGACAUCGAGGAGGGCGACUUACCCGAGCACAAGCGGUCUCCUCCACCCAUCGACUUCUCUAAAAUAGACGCGUCCAAACCAGAGGAUCUCCUGAAGAUGUCUAAGAAGGGAAGGACCCUGAUGGUGUUUGCUACUGUGUCAGGAAACCCCACAGAGAAGGAGACGGAGGAGGUCACCAGCCUGUGGCAGGGAAGCCUCUUCAAUGCCAACUUUGAUGUUCAGAGAUUUGUGGUGGGAUCCAACCGUGUCAUCUUCAUGCUGCGUGACGGGAGCUUCGCCUGGGAGAUUAAAGACUUCCUGAUCGCUCAGGACCGCUGUGAGGAUGUGACCGUAGAAGGGCAGGUGUACCCUGGGAAAGCCGCCAAGAAAGAUGCCAAGGGGAACGAGCAAAACAAGACCAAGAAGAAAGGAGACAAGAAAGCAGCCAACCGAGCAAAUAAAAGCAAGCAGGAGCUUUGAUACGUGAGCCCCAAAAGCACAGCAUCUUAAUGGGACCGAGGGAGUGUAUCUCUAACAGGUGUUACUAGGUACUUCGACACACAGGUUGAUGAGUCAAAUCAGCAAUAUUUGUUUAUGUUUCUUUGAUUUGUUUUACUGUAAACUGCCUUAUAUUUUCACAGUCUGAAUCAAAGAAUAAAUCACUUUUAUAAUUACAUUAUAUGUACAUUAUAAUUAUUUGCAACUGGUGUCAAAUCGUGUUCAUGGUCAAAUUUUCAAAUGCAGAAAAGUGUAGCACUUAAAGAAAUGGUUCACCCAAAAAUAAAAAUAUGCUGAAAAAUUGA